CCUCCUCCUCCCCGAGCAUUCGUUCAAGAAUAUUCCAAACAGACGCAUACCAGCGCAUUCCGUGUAUCAACCAAUCUCAGCCGCACCUAUUGUAAAUAUGUCCGAGGCUUUCUUUGACGAGUACGACUACUACAACUUCGACCACGACAAGCACAUCUUCUCCGGGCACGGCGGCAAGCAGCGCAGCAAGAAGGAGGCCAGCGUGCACACCAACCACUUCGACCCGUCCGGACAUUCCAGAAAGAUCGUCACGAAGUUGCAGAACACGGAGAACAACAAGAAGUCGACUAAGCAUUAGAUGAUCCUCGCGACCGCACGACCCGACCAUGGCGUGUACAAGGACCGUUGAUUUUAUGCCAAACGAAAGGAGGACACUAUGGAGGAUUCCGGAGGAACGCCCGGACUGCUCACUUCGGAGAUCAGUGGAACACCCCCGGCGGUACCUGGUGACUGCGGGGUUCUACGCGGCGCGGCAGGCCGGCCGCCCUGCACCCUGGCGCACACCCAGUGUCACAGUGCAACGCAUCUAUUUAUAGACAUAUUCAACACCGUUCCAUACACUGAUCUCAUCUCGAAUUGGGCUUGUUGUAAAGCUCGAGUUUGCUGUGUUACUAGCUAGUUCGUUAAGUUUAUUUGUGUCUAUUCUCUCUAAUUGUUUCGAGGAUAGGAAAGUGGACUGUAAUUUAAUUUUAAGUUUAAAUAAAUAAAAAUAGUUUUCCCUA